UCACUCUUUUUCAUGCUUCACCCACAGUCUCACACUUCACUUCAUCUUCUUGUCACUCCGGAGAGGGAUCCUUCACUGUCCUUCCCUCAGUCCGGCUGAAGGGAAAGUUUGAAGCGAUCUUGGGAAUAGCUUACUACUCGCUCGCGCUGUCUUUUGAUGAUUGGCUGUCUGGUUCCCACCUCUGCUGACAAGAUGAUGGGUCCACUCUCCUUGGUCGUCGUGGUUCCACUGCUGUUGUGCUCGCUGGCUGGCAGUGUGGUGGCGAGUAUAAAGGCAAACUGCACCUUUAACCCACCAAAGAAGAUUGACUGCAUUGUAGACUUCAGUAAAGUGGAUAUUAACUGCAAGGUUGAGAAGAUCUACAUUGAUAAUGAUACCGCUGAAUUCACCAGCUUCGAUCAAAGUGUCUUCAUAGAGAUUCCAGAUGGUGUUGACAUCAGGAAAAGCAAAGUAACUCUUACUACAAGUUGUGCUGGUCCAAUUGUUCUCAAAAUCCACAACACCAUCUCAAGACUUGCAGUAGCAACACCUACAACUGUCCGCACCAAAAGCCCAGGAGGAAGUGUCAUCAGUACAGCAGUAAAGGCAAACUGCACCGUUUACUUGUCCAGGGAGAUUGACUGCAUUGUAGACUUCAGCAAAGUGCAUGGUACCUGCAAGGUUGAGAAGAGCUUCAUUAAUGGCAAUGAAGUUGAAUUCACCAUCAACGGGCGGAAUAUCUCGAUGGUGAUUCCAGAGGGUGUUAGCAUCAGUGAAAGCAAAGUAACUCUGCAUCCAAGUUGUGCUGGUCCAAUUGUUGCCAACAUGAACCACACCACCAUCUCAAAGCAUACAGAAACGGAUGCAACUGGCCGUGUAGGCAACGUUGGUCAAGGUACACCUACGACACCGCCACCUGAUCUUCCACAGGCUACAGUCAUGGCCAUAGCGGGUAGUGGCAUUGCAGUGGCCAUCAUUGUCCUCUCCGCUGGAGUUCUUGUGUUGAAGAGGCACAGAGAUCGACAGACACCACAUGGACAGACAGACCCCCCCCGAGGCUGUGUCCAGAGGGGACAAUGUCCAGCUCAUCUGAGGAAGUGACAACCUCGCUGUUCACUCCACAUGGGACUUAUUGCAUAUGUGCACACACACACGCACACAUGCACAAACACACACAUGUGCGCGCGUGCACGCGCACACACACACGCACACACACACACACACACACACACACACACUUGGACUUGGUGCCUUCAGGUGGACAUGGCUGGACCAGUUCCUUUGUUUCUACAUACAGUGUGUGUGCGUUGUUCACAU